AUGGUGUCGGGCUGGCUCCUCAAGCAACUCCCAGGUAUGAACCUAGUGGAAAAAGCAUGCUGUGCUACAGCCUACGCCGACGACUUUCUGUACAAGUGGAUCAUCAAGUCGGGCCGUGCUCUCGAAGAGGCUUACUCCAAAAUUCGCCAAGUCCUCAUUCACCUGAGUGCCCAUGGUCUCGAGAUCAGCACCUCCAAAACUGUCAUCAUUGUGGAGCUUCGGGGAUCAAAGGCCCAACAGGCCCUCCGCAAGUAUACAGUUGCCUUGAAAGAUGGCCUCUAUAUGCGCUUCAGACUUGGAGCCAAGCAGGUUGAUCUCAAGAUCGUGCAACACCAUGUGUACUUAGGAGCGGUGAUUGGCUACCGUAGAAUGGGUCCUGAUACUCUGAAGCACCGGGUGGCUCUUGCAACAGGUCAGUUCAGCCGCCUCCGCCCAAUCCUACGAUGCCGCGCAGUGCCACAGCAGCUGCGGCUCAGACUUUGGCAUGCAUGCAUCCCAUCGUGUCUUCUCCAUGGCCUGGAUUGUACGGGCUUGACCAACCCCGAGGCAAUGCAAGUGCGAAGUCUCAUUGUUCAGCAGGCCCGAACGGUUGUGAACUCGCAUAGCAUGUGGACACAUGAAACCAACCAGGACUUCACGAGCAGACUGCGGAUUGUGCAACCGCUGGAACGCCUCCAUCAGGCACAGCUCCAAUGGAGAGCUGUACUUCUCAGCCAAGUGCAGCUCGCUGAGCAGGGUUCUGUGGAGAGAGUUUCAGUCGGAAAGAUGCACAUCUCCGAUCGUGCGAUGACCCUCCCACCUCUGUCGGAGGAAGCAACAACCGAGGAGGUGGCCAAGCAGAGACUACGAGAAGCCACGGAGGAGCUACGAAUGAUGGAGUCCCUUGCACCCAAGAGAAGCGUGGGGUUGCCUUCCGCUCUGAGCCAAGGGGCCCUGCAGGAGGCACAGGAUGUGCCCAUGGGGCGGGAGCAAGUGGACGAGGCCGAUCGCAGAUUGGAGUCCGACAGGCCACAGAAGUGGCUGAAACCGGGCGCCAAAGGCUCGGCAGACCUCGGAAAAGGCCAGCCCCAGCGACAGCCGGCCAGAGCAUCCAAGCAGCAUUCAGCCAAGGGCGGCGGCAAGGGCAAGUACCGACAGGCACCAUGGCGCCAGGAAGCGGAACAGGAGGAAUGGUACGAGGAAGAUCAGUGGAGCUCGAAUCACCGCGAGAACCAGUACAUCCAGUAUCUGAAGACGCGGGUGGACCUCCUCACCACCCUUCUUCUACGCCACGACAAUCAACUGUCGAUUCUCAGGCUGGACAGCUCUUUCAUGGUGUUCAUCAGGACGGACAUGGAGGGCAGCUUGGCCAGGGCUCUCUACGACACAGGAGUGACUUGGAAAGAGACCAAGGAGAAGGAGCCGGCGAAGUUGGAAUCACCGAUGCGGGUGGUGCUGUGCCAAGCUCUUCUUACGGCAGUGGCAUCCAGGUUCGAGCAGAUGGUGAACGCCGAGGACUCCAAGACUACGGCUAUCCAGCUUGGAUGGCUUACAGCGGAUGCCACCAAGCUCAAUCGCAUGAAGUGGGACCACGAGGCCAAGAAGCAUGUGAUCGACUCGGAGGGCACCCAGCUGGAGGUCAAGAAAGCGCUCAGCAUGAUCAUGGAGUUGGUGGUUCUGUGCAAGGAGCCAUUGGUGGUGAACCGCUUUCAUGCCACACGGCCCAUGACCAAGGAGACGGAAGCGGCAACGCUGCCGAUGCUCUUGGAUCUUGGGAUGCGAACACCAUCAGCGGACAAGGCUUGGGGACUGCUACGGGAUCUAUGUGGCUCAGCCAUCUGGCUGGCAGCGGGAGUGAAUGUUCGGCCGGAACGACUUCAGCGAGGCCCUCUGCCCCAGAAGCUCGCGGCGAUGCAGGCGAAAUCCAACUGGGGCGGCAGAUCCUAG